CUAGGUAGAUAAAAUUCUGUCUUUAGUGAAUGCUACACAGUUCGAGGUUUGGCUUCGCUUAGUUAAUUUUUUCUAUGUUCAAAUAUGUAGGUACGAUAUGUUUCACUUUCGUGUUUACAUUUGCAUAAAUAUAAUUUAUUAAAAUCACGAAUUUAAUACGAGUACCUACUUCUACUUACUGGAUGUUCGCUUCGUUUUAAUAGUUGACUGAAAACGAAACUCGAGUUUUUUUUUUUUUUUAUACUGAAUUUUAACUUUUUAAAAAUGAAAAUGAAAGUGUGAUUCAGAAUUCAAUGAAACUAAUGUGAGAAGAUACCUACCUACCUACCUACCUACCUACCUACCUACUGCUUGAACGGAUGUCUGAUUGUUUUACGUAAUGAAACUGAAACAUGCACCUCGUUCAAUAUGAAGAUAUUUCCAAAAAUGCCCAAGAAUGACUGACCUACCUCAACGUACAAAAUUCAUCAUUUUGAUAUGGCUGACGACGAAUUUAUCAUCACCUAUUUCUUGUCUGCGAGAAAACAACACCCUAGAACUAAGCUGUCAGAUCACAACAUCACAUAAACUGGCUAAUGGAACCCAUAAAGACGUAAACCAAAUCAAAGCGAUAAACAAAUGUGACGAAAGUUACGAAAAUAAAGAAGUUAUUAAAAAAUGCGAAUAUCUGGUCGAUUCGAAGUCGUCCAGCAGCCCGACACUAUUCAAACCGGUUACAAACAGCUUUAAAAAUACCACCUAUUGGAACGAAUACUGCGCUACUUGUAAUUACCAAACGGAAGAAUUAGAAUCUUGGCCUUCGUGGUCUAAGCUCGAGGCAGUAGAUUUUGUAUGCGGCAUAUAUCAGUUAGAGGUACAGCUUGGAUCUGCUGCUACGCAACACCAGUUGACAAAAAAUUACAUAAAAAAUGGUCUAGAACUGAUAUCAAAGUUAAACAAUUCAACAGAAUUGCAGUGCACGAUGGAAGAAAACUGGCCAAUGAAUUUAUUAAAUUUUACCCUACCUUGUCUAACUGCCGAGUUUCGAAAAAGUCGACAAAAUAGGCUGAAUUCGUGCCAAUAUGUUAGGAACAAUGGUAGAAUUUGCACCAGUAUGUGGCUCAUUAUCGAAGGCUUGGAUUUUUGGGUAGACAAAAAUGACGAUAUUCGUUUAUUUAACGAAUCGUUCAGAUAUAAAUUUGAUCAAAGCGAGUACACUUUGGAACGAGGAGCUGAUAAUGUGGUUUAUGUAUGCGAAAAAAUUGUGAAAAAUUACAAAGUGAGGUAUUGGGUUAAAAUUGUGACACUGGUCUGUUCGGUAGUAUUUGUAAUUACGUACCUGGUUCUUAAUUUUAAUAAGCGUUAUUUACAGAGCUUCCCGAAUAAAAUUAUAUAUUCGUAUUCGUUAGGGUUAAUGAUGAUGUACAUAUUUUUAACGUGGGCCUAUUUCUUAUUCAUAGAAUCGUGUAUUCUUUUCUUUCUCGCUCAAUUUUCGUGGCUAUUUCAUUUCUUUUGGACUGUAAUCAUUUCUUUGGAAUUUUGUGGACUGACAUAUUGCACGUUGAGGAAACGCAGGGUCACCAUAAGUGCUCAACAUAAAAAAUACUUGAUUCACUGCUUUUUUGGAUACAUCUUACCGAUAAUAAUUCCAGUAAUUUAUUUCCUCAUACUGGAAACCCCUGAAAAUAAAUGUCCACCAGUCCAGGGAUAUUUUUCUGUGCCAUGCGUACCUGCUAAAAAAUCUGCGGCUGAGUAUUUUAUGGAAAUAUUGUUGUAUAUUUUCGACUAUAGUUUUACAUUUUUUAUACCCGUGUUAUUUUUAUUGCAAGCUAGCGUAUUAAUUUAUUUAACCAAAUGUGGCCCUACUCAAAUAAGAUCGACGGCGAAUCGAAAUCAUUUAAUUGUUUUGAUAAAAAUGGGAUACAUUAUGGGAGCUCAUUGGUUACUGUAUGAGCUCUGUUUUUGGUACGGGUUUAGUAAUUCAUUUGCCUAUUUAUCUGUGCAGAUGAUUUCUGAAUUGUCUAUCGAUUUGCAAGGUGUGUUUGUGUUUUUCGCGUUUGGAUUUAAGAGAAGAAUGCUUAUAUAUGUUUUGAAGAUAUGUGGGUGUGAAGGUAGUAAAUUUACUCAGAAGGUAGGUGACGAUGUACUGGAAUCAUCUGUAAGGUUGCAGUCGUUGUCCAUGGAUGAAAGUAUUACAACAGAUAAAACUGUAUAGCCCAAAAAAUCAAAUUUUCAAAUUUUGGGAAAAUUUUUGGAAAUUAUAUAUUUUUUUUUAAUUUGGAAAAUUUAGGAAAAAAUAGGAACUGAAUCAACUACCUAGUUUAAUUUCCUCAAUCACAUCAAUUUUUGAAAUUUUGUCUUGAAGCUGUCAGAUUUUAUGAGAAAAUCAACCCCUCUACAAGAGGAUUCCUACCCUUCCCUCCCCUCCCCGAUCUCCCAAACAGAGUAACAUUGAUUGAUGAAAGUGAAUGAGGAUGAGACAAUAGUAGUACAUCCCUCUCGCCUGCUGCUGAAAAAAUCCGACACAACCGAACAUUUUUAAUUUCUGCGCCAAAAUUCUCACAUGUAAUCCUCCCUCUUCCAAUAAAUUAUCUUCACAACUUACCUAUACAAAGUGGCUUAUUCAACAGUUUUUUUUUUCAAAAAUGUAUUUUUAUUAAUUAUAAGAGAAAAAUUGAUUUUCAAAAAGACUUCUCAUAAUUUCGUGAUAUUUACUUGAAACAAAAAAGGAUCGAGUGAAGCAAGAAUAACAAUUUUUGAGGGUGUUUGAAUUUAUCUAUCACCAUUGUUCUCCAAUUUUCUUUUUUUUUUGUUGGUAAAAUUUAAAAACAAAUAGGCAAUCAAAACAAUUAAAAAAUAAUUUUUCUGUGCUCUCUGCAACUCCUCCUUCCUCGUUUAUUACACAAUAAAAAAUUAAAUUUUCCAAAAAUUCACCAGUUAUACGCCAAAAAUUCUCUUGAAAAGAAUUCAUUUUUCAAGAAAAAACCUCCCUCAGACCUCUCUAUUUUGGAGCCAAUGAAUAGAUCCCCUCAAAAUUUGAAAAAUAAAACUUGAAAAUUUGAAUACCUACAUUGAAAUGUAUUAAAAAAGUUUUGUAAAUUCCUAUUUCUGUAUCAGAAAUCUUUUAAAUAGGUACUAUACAAAUAUGUACUAGGUAAGUAUGGGUGAUCAUCUUUCGAAGGAGAAACUUUCUUCGCUUUUCAAAAAAAAUGUAAGCCCUUUCUGUACGCAGAGACUCCCAAAAUUGGAAAAAAAAUUAAAAAUUAAAGUCAGUAAAAAGUUUGUGAAAUUUUUAAAAUUUUGGUCAGAAUUCUUUUGAAUACCUCACCCCCCCCCCCCUAAUUUCAAGAAAAAAAAUCACCAUUGGAUUUCCUUUCAUUUUGUUUAUGAGCAUGUUUUGGUAAUUCAUGCGAAGACAAUGACAAAACACUAUUUGUGAGCUGGUUGUGUGAGUCAUUCAAUUUUUCCUUCAAUUUCACCUUUCUUUCCCCUCAUUACACCAAAAAACGUUUGCUAUUCUACAGUGAUGGCACUGUACAUAUUCUUUCUACCUAGAAGCAAAUAAAGGAUUUUUUUGUUUUGUUUUUUUAUUCUCAUGAAUUCGUGAUAUUCUACUCUGUGAUCUCGUUUCAGUUUGUAAAAUAUUUUAAAUUAUUUUUAUGAUACUUAUCGUUUAAAUUUUUGCUUUUUAAAAAAUUUGUUAUCUUUUAUUUUACAAUUUAAUAAUAAUUUUUUCAAUUAGGUAUUUCAUCAUUUUUAGCAACUUGUUCAUAACCAAAAGUAAAAAAUUGUAAUGUUUGAAGCAUUGUAAAUAAAUUUUCUAUUCAUUGUGGCACCUACAA